AUGUCAACAACAAAAACUGAACUAGUCUUGUCUGCAAACUUAUUAAUCCAAAAUCGGAGAAUUUUCUGCCAUCUAUUGACAAGUAUUUGCUUAUUCCAUUGGAAUUGGCCAUGUGUUCCAUUUUUAUUUCAGCAUUCAAACGAGAGAAUUUUAAUCGAUAAUAAAAUGCCUCGAAAUAAAGAAAAAAUCCGGAUAAAAACUUCGUCUCGUAAAAUCAGACAAUUUUCUAAAAAGCGUCUAUCACGAAAACAAUGUCGAAUGCUAAGACUUCAUCGACAUCAUCAAAAUCCCCAAUCAUCUCAAGAAUUUAAUGUUGAAGAAAGCAUAGUUGACUCACCGGUAAAUACUGAAGGCUUGAUCGUUUAUCCUACGGCUACACCUCAUGUUCGAUAUAUAUUGGUAACCGAUUUGCAAUCAUCAUAUGAAUUACAAUCCGAUCUUUGUGGUCAUCUAUCGUUGGUACCAUUUACUAAAUGGGCCAUUUUUUGUGAAGGAUAUCAGGCCAAAGCUGGUGAAACUCUAACCAUUUCCACAUGUUUCAGGCAUCGAAUAUUUAUUCGUUUUACAGAUUAUCGAGAUUUUAACGAAAAUCAAAAAAAUAAUUUAAUCAAUCUUGAUGAAUUUGACUUUCUCGAACAACAUCUUCCAGGAGUUUUAAUUGGCGAUUAUGUUCUUUUGAAAUUCGAAUCGAUCCCAAAGUCAAUGGCUAAAUAUAGACUUGUCCUUGAAUAUCUAUCUAAAUCAUCCAAUGAAAAAGCUAGACAAAUUUGUCGAAAAAAAUUGUCGACCAUGAGCGACAAAGAUCAUAUGAAUAUUUUAUCAAAAAUAUCCAACAUCGAUUUUGAACAAUGUACAUUGCAUAUCCUAAAAAUUUUUCAUACUCUUAAAAUUAGUAACGACGAUGUUAUUCUAGUGUAUGGUCAAGCUAAUUGUGGUAAAACAUCAUUGCUACAUUAUCUUAUAAAUCAAUAUUUAAAUAAUAGAAAUCAGCCUGUUGCUUACCUGGAAUGUGAUCCUGGACAACCGGAAUUCGCUCCAUGUGGAAUACUUAGCUUAGUUGAGAUUAAUGGAAAAAUAUCCAACGCUUUGGGAUAUAAAUUUUUAUUCAACGAAAAUCAUGUACUAAAUGAUGAUGAAAGAAUUAAAUCAAAAAUAUUUGGAACAAUUACACCAUCUGGCAAUACUUUUGAAUAUAUUUCUUUGAUCUCUCAACUUUAUCAAUCAUAUCGGCAAAUGAAUGUAAAGAAAAAACGACCAUUAUUCAUCAAUACGAUGGGUUGGAUUGAAGAACUUGGCCUGGAAUUAUUGACGAAUAUCAUUUCUAUAGUACGGCCAACUCAUAUAAUUCGAAUCGAAAAUGAUUCUCCAUCGUUAUCCGUUUCAGAUUCAUCCAUGAUAAACAUCCAAAAUCGAAAAGAAUUAGAACGAAUAUUUAAAUUGAACUUGAAUGUCGACAGUGAUUUUCAAGAUUUAAUACAAUUAGUAGAUAUGAAAAAUUCCAUUGGCCAUCAAUUAUGGAUCACAUUGUUUCCUUUUAUUUCAAAUUUUAAACCUACUAUAUUCAGUGUUUCAUAUUUACGACGUGAAAUCAAUCAACUUUUAUAUCUAUGUUCGAAUCUAUGGCCACAAAUUUCAUUCAAACCAUUUUAUUCAAUACAACCAAUUCAGAUUCGUAUGGAGAAUCUUUAUAUUCAUUUCACAAACUAUCCAGCUAUGGUGCCUAAAUCUAUUUACAUUCUUUUGAAUGUUUCCUGGGUGUUUCUAGGAAGUUUAGAUCCUAAUGAAAUGAAUGAAAACAUGAACUGUAUUGAGAUAUCAUCCAUUAUGCAGCAAGAAUUGCCAUCAAUUAAUAAUCAAAAUAAUGGAAAUAUGAUAAUAAAAAAUUCAGACAGACAAACGUUGUCGUCGUCGUCGUCGUCGAUGGACAAAAACAUCAAACUAUUACAUCAAUUGCCAAAAAGUGCUAAAUGUUUUGGUUGUGGUAUAAUACGAAAUGUUGAUCCAGUUCAUUCAUCCAUCUUUGUAACAAUAUCAUCCAUACAUCAUUUUGGCAACAUAUUCAAUGCGGAAAAAAAUAAGAUUAAUUUUUUAGUUAUACCGAAUUUAAUUCCAAUUCCAUCCGGUUUAUUGGUUGAACAAUUUUUAUAUCAAGAUUCAUGUCAUAUACCAUUUGUAUAUAUUCGUAGCUAGCUAUCAUUAUUUUUUUUUUUGUUUGUUUGAUAAUAAUAUUGUUCUAUCUACUUGAAACAAAGAAAAUGGAA